AUGGGGGACUUAGUUUUCCUUAAGGUCUCUCUGUGGAAGAAUGUGUUAAGGUUUAGAGGGAAGGGGAAGCUAAGCCCAAGGUUCAUUGGGCCAUAUCGGGUUGUAAGGCGGAUUGGGCUAGUCGCUUAUCAACUGGAGUUACCUCCUGAACUGAGCCAGAUCCAUGACGUGUUUCAUGUUUCCAUAAUGAGGCUGUAUUACUCAGAUCCUUCACAUGUCAUAGCGGUUGAGGAAAUCGAGGUCAGGCCAGACCUAACAUUCGAGGAAGAGCCCAUCCAAAUAAUUGGUCGUGAUGUUAAGGUACUGAGAAGGAAGUACGCUUAG